CAUACCCACUUCCUUCUCUCAGAACUUAACUGGCACUGUUCAAAGACAGACUGAAAGAACAAAAGGUGUAGUCCUAUUGAGUACAGAAUGAUGGGCUUGACCUCAAUACUGUCUUUUCUCUGCAGCUUCAGUUUGAUCUGUGUGUCACUGUCUGAGUUUGUCGUCGUAGAGGUUCAGCUUGGAGGAGAAGUCUCACUGCUGUGCUCCAACCUCAGUAACAUCAUGUCCAACAUUUUCUGGUUCAAGUCGGCCAAAAGAUCCAACACCACCCGCAUCGCAUCUAUGCCCACUGCUGAGUCCAAUGCUACAGUUCUGGAAGAUUUUAAAAAUGGAAGAUUCCACAUGUCCUCCAACACCACCCAUGUUUUCCUGAACAUCAAGGAGUUUAAUAUCUCUGACUCUGGACUGUAUUUCUGUGGAUUGAACACAAUUAAUUACAAUUUUGAUGCAACAUUUCUGCAAGUAGAAGAAACACCUGCCUUUAAUCUGGUGGUUGGAAUCCUUGGAAGUGUAAUUUUUGUUCUUGUGAUGGUCAUCAUCUUUCUGCCGGUCAAAAUCAAAUCUUUUCAGAAAGCUCCGUCUGAGCGCCAGCACAGAGAGAGCCUGGAAUCCAACGUUCGAUACUAUGCAGCCCUGACAUUCCAGCCAAAACCUGAAACCCAAAGCAUAUCUGUAUAUAAAACCGAUUCAGAUCUGUGUUUUUGGUCUUAGUGUUGUACAUGCAUGUUGAUUUCCUGUUAGUUGGACUGGGCUCUGAUGUGUUGAAGCAUUGAGAAUGUUUAUUUCUUCAGCCAUUAGGGUUAAUAGUAGUGGAACUAACACAACUUCUCUUUGAGAAAAUACAAAUGAUGCAGGCUCCAAGAAAAGGGCAAAUAUGUCAGCAAAAACAGCAAAAAGUCACCUGCUGCUGUUUUGAACAAUAUUUCCUGUGGAGAUGGAAAAUAUGCUACACAUCACAACUAAAUUGGCAACACUGUGAGUUUUGACUAUUUAUCAUUGUUUUGUCAUUUUAGCUAAGUAUUCAUGUUAGUGAGCUUUUUGUCUGACCUCAGCUCUAUUUAAAUUACCAGCAGACGGUCAACUCAGGGUUUAAUAACAAGCACUGAUUCCAUACGUGUAUGUGAGAAAAACAUCUUUAGAAUCAGUAAUGUAUGACACAAAGGGUCAGGACAAAUCACAAGGAAAAUCUGAUUCCGACCCCAGGCUGAGCUUUUGUGCACUGCUUAAGUCAAUGUCCAUACAUUCAGGAAAAUACUGCAUAGAAUUGUUCUUGUCAGUUUCUUCUGCAGCCCUGUAUCUCCUGUCUGACGAAACACCUCUGCACAUUUAGCAGAAAGUAAACCCUGAUCCACACGUUGCAUUGAUCGCCUGAGUGUUCGCUCUUCUUUUGUAUAGGUUUGUGGUUAAAACUGCAGUCUGUUCUGGAAAGAACCUACUGCAUGGCACCGACCCAGAUUUCUUUUGUGUCAUGCUCCACAUACCAAAAGCGUCCACACAUACAAGCACAUACAUACAAAAGAAAACAGACACACAGUCACACUCAAAAAGGUGCUUAUGCCUCAUGUUAAUGAAUCUCUGUAAAGUGAACAUAUUUCAUUGUUUUCA